GAAUCCGGUUAUUGCGAAAUUUGUGAUUUUAACGCUUGUCUUGACCAUUGUAAGCCUGGACAGAAAUGUAAACCUAGUCUCUGUAUUAACAGACAUCCUCUUUAUUAUCUGCCAUCUCCAUUCAUUUGGACGUGUAAU